AUGCUGGGGGUUGUUGUUGUUUCACCACAACAAGGGGAGACCCCACCAUCCUGCCUUGACUCUCCGUGUGUGUCUCUCUGUGUGUCUCUCUCUGUCUCUGUCUCUGUCUCUGUCUCUGUCUCUGUCUCUCUCUCUCUCUCUCUGUCUCUGUCUCUGUCUCUGUCUCUGUCUCUGUCUCUGUCUCUCUCCGUGUCUCUCUCUCUCUCUCCGUCUCCGUCUCUAUCUCUCUCCGUCUCUCUCUCUGUCUCUCCUCUCUCUCUCCGUGUCUCUCUCUCUCUUCGUCUCUCUCUCUCUGUCUGUCUCUCGCUCUCUCGCGUCGGCUCGUUCGGCGAUCUUGGCAGUGCCAACAUUUUGAUCCGCAAAGCCCAGGGCCCGUUCGCGAUUCCAGAGGCCGAGAGUGCCAUCUAUGUGGCCCAGCUCCUCGUUGAACCAACGGAUAAUGUAUCGGUUGCCAUCGAGACGCUGAAUCGGACCGUCUUUAUCCCCAACAGCGAGCUAACUAUGAUUGCUGGAGACGAGUGGGAUCAAGCCUCUGCCUUUGAAAUCUACGCGGUCGAUGACCGCCUCAUCCGCCCCUCACCCUACACCGCAGAGGUCGAAAUCACCACAAGCUCUGGUGACUCAAACUUUCAACUUCCAGUUCUCAAAAUUGUCAUCUUGUUGUCCGAACGUGAUCAAGGUGGCCUCGUUGUUGAGCUCAGCGACUGGUAUCCGUUUCCGGAUGCCAUCCCCGAAGGUCGCUACGCAGACUACGAUCUCUCCUUGCCCACGCAACCCUACGCCGAUGUUCACGUGGUGGCAGCAGAGGCCAAUGAUGGCGAUUGGCUUCAACUCGAGCCCUCUUCUUUCUCGUUCACGCCACUCAAUUGGAACAUCAGUCAACGCAUGAGGGUCCACGCUAUCGACAAUUCCCGGGCAGAGACAAGUGAUGUUGUGAAAACGGCCAUUGCCUUUAACCUUUCCAGUACUGAUGAGUCGUACAACAAUGGUUCCUCCGUAGCCCCUCUGGAGGUUUGGGUCGAGGACAACGACGAGCGUAAGUCCCAUGUCGCGUCACCGCCCUCGGGUUGUUACAACAAAAUGUGCGACCCAUCCUCUCAUCAUCUCUCACUUGCCAUCUCUGUUCGUUUGCUCUCCAACCCUCAUGUGCUUUGCGCCCGCACAGCCGUGGCAUUGGUUGCAGCAGGCUUGUCCUGGCAGGCGUCCCGCUCUGAUUUUCGUGUCAACGUGCAGUUUGCUCUUCAAAUCACCACGGAUGCCAAUGUCACAAGCCAGUUUGAUGUCCCCAUGACGUUUCGACCCACCACUUCGAGUGCCGAACAAUUUGUGAGCCUGGCAUUUACUGCUCUACACCAGGCAAACGGCUGGACAACCGCCACGGCCACGUUCAAUCACAGCUACGAUUUGACAAAUCUCCGUGCUGCAACAUGGAUUGCCCAGUUUCAGACCUGCUGUCGCUCCGAGGCCCUUGCAUCCAACGCUGGCACAACAGUCCUGCUUACGACGCGCAUUAGCAUUCCCACAACGAACGUGUACCGGAGUCCAGCGAUUCCUGUGCUUCCCGUCUUGCACAUGCCCGCCUCACACCCGUCGACAAUUCAGCUGAGCGCCCCAGCCAGCUCCGUGACAGUCUUUUCCCUGGUUGGUACUGAGGGCUACCAAGAUGCGCGCAGCGGCCCCACGCAUGCCGUGUCGCUAGAUGUCACCGCUGGACAGCUGCUCAUCGAUCCAAGGGCCUGGGACAUGGACGGGCAAUUGCACGAAGUGCUCGUUCAGCUCGAGGAUGUGGCCACUGGUGCCACUUCCGUUGUCGGCAUCCCCUUUAUCCUUGAUGCUGCUACAUCAGCUGCGCAUCCGCUGACCCUCGGUUACGAGGUGCUUCCUUGGUAUUUUGCACCUGCCAACUCCUCGGUGGAUAUUGAGCUCCCCGGGCGAAACUGCUCUCUCGCAUCGCUCAACACAGAUGCGGCACAAGUACUUGUCAAUCCUCAGGAUGCACAGGGCUAUAUCACCGCCACGUUGACCCCCGCAUUCACCGGUUACGAGACUAUUUGCUUUGACUGCGAUGCAUCUCAGGCGGUAGUUUGUGCCGCCUUCCUGGCCGAAGCGCCCACCUCCCUUCACGAUGUUCAGACCGCUGGGCUGACAGUCAGCACUACAUUCGUUUCCGGAACAGCCUUUGAACCCCUGAGUCUCCUGGAACUCACUGAUAACGGGCACUAUCUGCAAUAUGUCACUCUGUCGCUUGCCAAUGACGGAGCUUACAACGCCUCUCUGGCCAGUAGCGUCACGGAAUCAACCAUCGAAGUAGCGACCCUGAGUGACGCGGCUCUUGUCAUGCGGGGACCAGCUCUUGCCUCAUCUUUUCAGCGCCUGCUACGCCGGCUCCGCUUCACUGUGACGGCACCCGAUGGCCAGGAUGCCAUCCAGCUCUCUGGUUUUCUUGGGGUGCGCACGACGUCCUCUUAUGAUGUUCACCACGUCCACAUCAACCUGACCCGUACCUUUCCCGCUCCAGCGCUCGAUCUCGAUCUCAUGGACCGCACCGCAACAGACGGCAACAGCCGCGUUCUCUACUUGGACCAAGAUCAUGAAACCUCCGUGAAUCUGUUUCUGAGUGAAAAUGUGCUUCUCACCGGCCACGGCGAUCGCAUUUCCGCCACCGAUGUUCGUAUCACCAAUGCCAUUGACACCCCCAACGAGGUCCUUGCUGUGACGUAUCAUGAAGCCGAGCCUCUAUUGCCGCCCAUUGUCAUUGAAAGUGGCCGCGUCGACAUGGCCAUCGAAGAUGCCACUGUCACAGAGCACACUCUUUUGGUAGCCGACAGCUUCUUGCCCAGUCGCGUUGAAGUAAUUUUGGACCUGCGCCACUCUUACAUUGGCGAUUUGCGCAUCGAACUGCAACACGACGGCAUUACAAUUGCUCUUGCCGAGCACCCGGGAGGCGUCGAUUGCUCUGCUGAUGACCUGAUUGGUGUCAAGUUUUCCUCACAUGCCAACUUUUCCCUCAGCCCCGGCAGUGAUGAGAGCGAGCCAGGAAUUUGCCAAACCCAUUUUGGUAGCUUGGUCAGUCCAGCAGGCAACCUUGACCGCUUUCUCUCAACAAAUACGGCAGGAAAUUGGACCCUGCGCGUUUACGAUACGGCCGAAGAAGACACAGGCGCACUGUACAACUGGGAUCUGGUGUUUCAUCGCUAUGUCGUCAACUCAAGCACAUUUCGUCACAACUCACAGCUCUUUCAGUGGAACUUUGGUCCAGCUCUUACUCUGAGUGGCACAUCACCCUUGCAGUUGAGCUUGGACGCCCUCGGAGCGCUUGGCGAUGUGCAAAUCUGGCUUUCAACCUCAGUGCCUCAAAAUACUGUGAACAUCACCUUGAAAAAGUCUGACGUGACUGUUCAUUUGAACUCCGCUUCGGGCAACUGCUCUGGCCGCCAAUGCGUCUACAUCUCUGGUCUGACCCCGGCGACCGUGCGCCAGCCCGCUGUCGUGCGCAAUUCAACGCAACUGCAGAACAUUCUGCGUCAUCCCAUCGAAGGAUCCUGGCUUUUUGAGAUUUCAAUGGCGGCUGAGGCCGGGGACCGCCCGGAGCUGUUGGCCAUCGAGCUCGUAGCCGCCGUUGUACCGAAUGUUAACGUAUCCUUUGAUGCCACCAGUGCACACCUUGAAUUGCACGGCAUUGAUGCCGCUGCAGCCUACGAAGAGCUCUUGCAAAGCGUGACUUAUUCCAACAGUCACACCAACAUCACUGGCGACGUUCUGCGUACCCUCAACGUAUCUGUAUCCACAAUGCACGGAGCCCGCGUGUCCAAGACGGCGAGUAUCAGCGUGCAUCACCUCAAUCCUGUGAAUUUGACGAGCAUUCUUGAAGAUGAGGUUGAUUCGGCGGGUGACUCGGUACAGAGUAUUGUCACACACGCAAAUUCUCCAGAGAUCGACUUUUUGACCACUCGUGAUCUGCUGGGAAUUGCCGUGGUGCAUCUAGACACGACUCAUGGUCACUGGGAAUAUCGCUUGAGCACAUCGGGCUCUUGGAUCAGCUUUCCAGUGUGUAGCACAACAAAUGCAACUUUACUCGACCGCCUUGCAGCCGUGCGCUUCGUACCAGUCAAAGACUUUCAUGAAACCGCAGCGCUAGGUUAUGUACUGUGGGAUGUUACUCAGGACGAAGCUUUGGCCGCCCUUCCCAGUGGCACACAUGACAUUGAUAUUGCUCAAAAUACUGUCGUCUUCCCACCCCAAAUCGGCACAGCUACCAUCCGGGUCUUGAGCGUUAACGACAGCCCUCGCCUGUUUCCGGGUGUUGCCAUGUCGAGUUAUGACGAGGAUGUUCGGACCGUGGAGAAUCUGGGUGAUGCUGUUGACGACAUUGUUUCUGGCUACUACCUCGAUGUCGACCAAGCCACACCAAGCGGCGAGGACGCUGUGGUCGGUAUUGCCAUUGUGGGCGCUGAUAGUACAUAUGGCACGUGGCAAUACUCCUGCAAUGGGGUGUCUUACACCAACAUUUUUGGCAAUCGCUUGGCAGACGGAUCGCUUUACCCUCGUGAUCCCUCACCAACUCAGGCGACUUUGUUGGGUGCUGCUUGCACUGUUCGCUUUUUGCCCGUGACUAACUUCAAUACAGACGUCGAUGCCAAUGGGAACCCCUGGACCACGGACGUGCGCCCCUGUCUCGUCAUCAAAGGAUGGGAUAACACUGGCGCCACGCGUGGACAGCAAGGCAAGUAUGGUGUCGACACGACAGCCACAUAUGACGGGACGGGCGAAUUCAGCCUCAACACCAGUGCCGCAUGCAUUCAGUUCUUCUCAGUCAACGAUAGCCCCAGCAUUGUUGGCACGGGCCCCAGCACCGAGACAGUGCGCGAGGACAAUCGCUAUUAUCCUCUCGUCUUUCCUGACAACUGGAGCCUCGAGGACCCGGACGAUCUCUACGUCUCUUACAUGUAUAUAAACAUGACAGCGCCUGACGGGAGUCAGGAGUCGCUGGCAACCUUGACUUUGUACACCGCCCCGGCAAACCUGGUUGUGAAUGGCUACUAUGGCUCGAACAUGCUGCACCUCAUUCUCUCUGGCAACAACACACAUGCCCUGACUCGGGCACAGGCCACCGCGGCAGCCAAGGCACUGGUGUACACCCACGAACUCGAGGAACCGACAAGUGGCUUGCGCACACUUUCCAUUCAGAUCAUGGAUAAUGAUGGUGCGCGGUCCAACAUUUACCAACAAAGCUGGUGGCUGGCAAACGACAACGAUGCCCCGGUGCUCAACGUGAGUUUGGUGGCUGGCCAUUACGUCGAGGGUGGCGUCCAAACCGCAUUAGCCGCAGUGACGCUGCAAGAUAACGACAACGCCACCCAGGUGCAGGCCGAGGUGGUGCUGACCAAUCCCCUCGACGGCCAAGACGACCUGUUGCGGAUCAACAGCACUAUCGUGGCCAGCACCUUCCCGGCUUUGACCGUGACAUACGAUAACAACACCCACACCCUCACCAUCACCGGAGAAGAUAGCCUUGCCAACUAUGUGGCGCUUCUCAGCCAGGUUGAGUACUACAACAGCCGCUAUGACUACGACCGUGGCAACCCCACCGCUGCUACCCGUGUCAUCACCGUCAGGACGUUUGACGGCAUCGACUGGAGUAACACAGCCGAAUCCCGUAUCACCUUCGAGGCCGUCAAUGAUGAGCCUUACAUCGAUCUCGACUCGGCCAGCGCCGCCAGCCAGGACGCCUCGGCUACCUUUGUCGAAGAAUCGGAUGGCGUGCUCAUUGCUCCCCUUGCGACCAUGUUUGACAUUGACAAUGCGACGUUGGCUGCCGUGCGCCUUACCAUCAGCAACCCUCUGGAUGGUGCGGAUGAGAGCCUGGGCUACACGCCCUUUGAGGAGAGUGAGGCGGCUGGUAACGGUCAAACACGAUUCCGCGUUGUGGACCCUGGUGCCACCUAUGAUGCUGUUUCCAACAGCCUGACUCUGACGGGUCUUGACACCGUAUUGGACUACACACACAUUCUCAACCUGGUGUACUACGUCAACCAGGCCGACGAGCCCGAUGACACAACCCGCCAAGUUGUUGUUGAGGCUUGGGAUGGUCUGGCGUGGAGCACACCACGCACAGUCAGUGUGGCCAUUGCCAUGCUGAAUGACAGCCCGCGCUUUACUGGCGUGGCACCUGUGGCCCUGGCUAUUGAUGAGGAUGUGGUGAGCUCUGCCAACCCUGGUUUGAGCACGUUUGUCGUGUUGAGCUCCAAUGCCGUGUUGGAGGACGAUGACCGAAGCAGUCUGUAUGGUUUGGCCGUUGUUGGCGUAGACCAAGCCAACGGCUUAUGGCAGUAUCGCUUGACCUCGGCCGCAGCGUGGACCACCAUGUUUUCCGUGUCCGUGAGCCGCACCAGUGCCGUGCUUCUGCCCUCAUCCAGUGAUGUGAGCAUUCGGUUUGUGCCGGAUGCCAACUUUCACGGCGCAGCCACGCUGACCGUGGUUGCAUGGGAUCAGAGCGAUGCCGGUACGCCUGGAGCCAUGGUCGACGCGACCUAUGCACCCGACGGUCGUGGUGCAUUUAGCUCGGCCACCACGGAUAUUGUGGUCAACGUCGCCCCCGUCAAUGAUGCACCCACUUUCACCAGCGCUGGUGUUCGCUUCCAGCUGCAUGAUAUACCUGAGGAUGAUGCUGGUCUGACGGCAAGCACGUGGAAUCGCGUGUGGGAUGUUCUCAACGGUAGCGGCAUUGCCGAUGUCGAUGAUGGCAGUAGCUUGCAGGUUCGCGACUAUGGCUUGGCGGUGACGGCUGUUGAUGCCACCCACGGUUCUUGGAGCGCCUCGGUGGACGGGGGCAGCAGUUGGAUUGACCUGACUUCGGUGGCGCCGGACCAUGCCUUUGUCAUGGCCAGUGCGCCGACAUCUUCAAUGUUGAUUCGGUUUGUUCCCGAGGCAGACUACCACGAGUCGAGUACUUUGACGUAUGCCGUGUGGGAUGGAUCAGAUGGUGCCACGCCAGGCACCUAUGUAGACGUGGCGGCCGCUGAUGCUGUGACGGGUGCUUACAGCACGACCCGCGGUUAUGCCGACAUUCAAGUCCUUUCCGUGAACGACCCUCCAACCAUUGUAUCUUCCAAAACUGCCACCAUGGUCGAAGACUCACCCUCUCAGCUCGGCACCCGAGUUGACGUCCUGUUCGAUCAGGCGUUUGCCGAUGUGGACAACACCGACUUUGGUGUUGCUGUUGUUGCUUCGCCCACAACGUAUGGUGUGUGGUACUACCGAUGCAGUGAGAUGGCAUCUUUUACUGCCAUGGUGGGUGAUGUCCUGGCAAAUGGUCAAGUGUUUCCGACACUGCCAUCCCAGCAAUUUGCUACUCUAUUGAAUGCUGACUGCCGCAUUCGCUUUGUACCCACUACAAACUUUAAUACACAACAAGAUACCACGGGGACAGCAUGGCCAGGUGAUGUACGACCUUUUCUUACUGUUCAUGCUUGGGAUAUGACCACACCGACCACGCUGACGAAGCGCUACGGCCACGAUUUGUCAGCGACUUUGUCCUCAUCUAGCAGCCCUUUUAGUUCAUCAACAACCCAGCUGCGGAUGGCCGUCACGUCUGUCAAUGACUUGCCAAUCUUCUCAAGCACGAUCCUGUCGCACACCUUCAUGGAAGAGCAAGAUCCCCUGGACAUAGUGCCGACUUCAGUGACCGUUGCUGACGCAGACAACGCACUGUGCAGUCAAGUGCAGUUGUCCAUGGAUCGUCAUGAUUUUGCUGAUCUACUGCACUGGACUCCUGCAGCCAAUGAAAAUGUUGCAAUCGUCGUCAAUACGUCAACGUCGUUGGUGAUGACCAUUACGUCAAGCACAAAUUCACUCUCCAUGUUGCGAGCAAACACUAUUCUGCAUGAGCUGGUCUUUGUCAACAAUCUUAACGAGCCAUCUGCUGGAGAGCGUUUAGUCACCAUCAUCAUCACCGAUGCUGUUGGUGGUAGCACGGUACCUUUAGUCAUUGAUAUUGCAAUGGCACUAGUCAAUGACCCCCCAAUUCUAGACCUUGACAGCAGCUUUGCUGGAGAGGUCGCAUACGCAGAUUUAGUGGAAGGAGCCAGUGUCAUGGUUGCCCCCGCCGCGACGCUGCAAGAUAACGACAACGCCACCCAGGUGCAGGCCGAGGUGGUGCUGACCAAUCCCCUUGACGGCCAAGACGACCUGUUGCGGAUCAACAGCACUAUCGUGGCCAGCACCUUCCCGGCUUUGACCGUGACAUACGAUAACAACACCCACACCCUCACCAUCACCGGAGAAGAUAGCCUUGCCAACUAUGUGGCGCUUCUCAGCCAGGUUGAGUACUACAACAGCCGCUAUGACUACGACCGUGGCAACCCCACCGCUGCUACCCGUGUCAUCACCGUCAGGACGUUUGACGGCAUCGACUGGAGUAACACAGCCGAAUCCCGUAUCACCUUCGAGGCCGUCAAUGAUGAGCCUUACAUCGAUCUCGACUCGGCCAGCGCCGCCAGCCAGGACGCCUCGGCUACCUUUGUCGAAGAAUCGGAUGGCGUGCUCAUUGCUCCCCUUGCGACCAUGUUUGACAUUGACAAUGCGACGUUGGCUGCCGUGCGCCUUACCAUCAGCAACCCUCUGGAUGGUGCGGAUGAGAGCCUGGGCUACACGCCCUUUGAGGAGAGUGAGGCGGCUGGUAACGGUCAAACACGAUUCCGCGUUGUGGACCCUGGUGCCACCUAUGAUGCUGUUUCCAACAGCCUGACUCUGACGGGUCUUGACACCGUAUUGGACUACACACACAUUCUCAACCUGGUGUACUACGUCAACCAGGCCGACGAGCCCGAUGACACAACCCGCCAAGUUGUUGUUGAGGCUUGGGAUGGUCUGGCGUGGAGCACACCACGCACAGUCAGUGUGGCCAUUGCCAUGCUGAAUGACAGCCCGCGCUUUACUGGCGUGGCACCUGUGGCCCUGGCUAUUGAUGAGGAUGUGGUGAGCUCUGCCAACCCUGGUUUGAGCACGUUUGUCGUGUUGAGCUCCAAUGCCGUGUUGGAGGACGAUGACCGAAGCAGUCUGUAUGGUUUGGCCGUUGUUGGCGUAGACCAAGCCAACGGCUUAUGGCAGUAUCGCUUGACCUCGGCCGCAGCGUGGACCACCAUGUUUUCCGUGUCCGUGAGCCGCACCAGUGCCGUGCUUCUGCCCUCAUCCAGUGAUGUGAGCAUUCGGUUUGUGCCGGAUGCCAACUUUCACGGCGCAGCCACGCUGACCGUGGUUGCAUGGGAUCAGAGCGAUGCCGGUACGCCUGGAGCCAUGGUCGACGCGACCUAUGCACCCGACGGUCGUGGUGCAUUUAGCUCGGCCACCACGGAUAUUGUGGUCAACGUCGCCCCCGUCAAUGAUGCACCCACUUUCACCAGCGCUGGUGUUCGCUUCCAGCUGCAUGAUAUACCUGAGGAUGAUGCUGGUCUGACGGCAAGCACGUGGAAUCGCGUGUGGGAUGUUCUCAACGGUAGCGGCAUUGCCGAUGUCGAUGAUGGCAGUAGCUUGCAGGUUCGCGACUAUGGCUUGGCGGUGACGGCUGUUGAUGCCACCCACGGUUCUUGGAGCGCCUCGGUGGACGGGGGCAGCAGUUGGAUUGACCUGACUUCGGUGGCGCCGGACCAUGCCUUUGUCAUGGCCAGUGCGCCGACAUCUUCAAUGUUGAUUCGGUUUGUUCCCGAGGCAGACUACCACGAGUCGAGUACUUUGACGUAUGCCGUGUGGGAUGGAUCAGAUGGUGCCACGCCAGGCACCUAUGUAGACGUGGCGGCCGCUGAUGCUGUGACGGGUGCUUACAGCACGACCCGCGGUUAUGCCGACAUUCAAGUCCUUUCCGUAAACGAUUCCCCUGUUUUGAUCAAUGGUAGCUAUCUGGAGGCCAUUCAUGAGGACGACUUGGCAAACAACGGCACCUCCCUUCCUGUUCUUGUUCGCUCGUCGUACUAUGAUGUUGAUCGAGCCACCCCAUCCGGUCACAACUCCACCCUCGGCCUUGCUAUUACCCAAAUUGACCAGCGGUUUGGCGCUUGGCAAUACUCGUGUGACGGCGUUACAUUUAAGGACUUUGUUGGCGGUAUUCUUAUCAACGGCCAGGUCUACCCACCGCGGCCUUUGACCUCUUCCGCCACCUUGCUGGGUCCUGAGUGCCGCAUUCGCUUUGUUCCUGCUGCAAACUUCAACACAGAGUUUGACCUUGCAGGUCGCGUGCGUGCUGCUGACGAUACCCCAUAUUUGAUCGCAAAAGGAUGGGAUCAUACCGAUGGCCGCGUUUCCGGAAGUAUUGCCGUUGAUACGACCGAGGCCACCACGGCAUUCUCCGCUUUGUCUGCGCGCAUUACUCAGAGCGUGGUCUCAGUGAACGAUCCACCCGUCAUUUUUAUUGGUGGCGCUUCCCCACCUUACACAGCCGUCUAUGUUGAGGGUGCCACACCUGUUAGUUUGGCGGUCAAUCAUUCGGCUCACGUAGUAGAUGUCGAUAACGCCAAUCUUACUCGAUUGGCAGUCACCCUUGAUGGCAUCAUGGAUGGUGCUAACGAGCAGCUGGUGUUCUCAAACUGGAACAUCGAAACAUCGUCACCUAUUGACGUGUUGGGCUUUUCUAUCGGUGUUACCUGCCAACGCAACAGCUCAACGCUGCGAUGUGAAGCGAUGGGCCUGGAUAACCAGCUUCCCGUUACGGCAGCCAGUGCAUUCUUGCAGCAUCUUGCCUACGUUAACGUUCACCCCGAACCCCACAACGGCACGCGCUCGGUGUCAGUAUUGGCCGACGAUGGUAUUGACGUGACACAGCGCAGCAUCUCAGUUUCUGUGCAGCUGAUUGCCGAAAAUAAGCCUGUGCUUCAAGCCAGCCAGCCCGUGCUUCAGUUCACGGAACAAGGUGGGCCAUUGGGCUUAAGUGUGGCCAAUCUUACUCUUCGCGACGAGGACCACAACAACUAUUACUUUGUGCAAUCAGCUAUGUUGGCACUCACAAGCCCUGAUCAGUCCCUUACGACGGAUCGCUUGAGCGUGGACUGCAGCACGAAUGGCAUCAAUGCCCAAUUCAACACCUCAACAUAUGCCCUCAGCUUGAGCGGUGUGGCCACGAUUCAAGAGUACCAGACCUGCCUCAACAGUGUCGUGUUCUCCAACGAAGAAGCAGAGCCUGCUGGCUUUGUGCGCGAGGUACUACUCACGGUGACAGAUGAUGCAUCUUUGACCAGUGUGCCCCUUGUGCUGACCAUCGAGUUUCAGCUUGUCAACGACAAUGCGCCCUUGUUUGACAUUGUGGAUCGCAUUGUAUUUUACGAAGAUUUCAAUACGACGUUGUUCCUGGGCGACGCUGUUGCAGUGACCGACGCCGAUGAGCCUCUCGUGGUGCCUAUGACCGUCAACGCUUCUGAGUACGCCCGCCAGUUCAUGUAUGACAAUCUGACUGUUUCCGUCACCAAUCCUCAGUACGCCGUCGGGACAGAGUACGUAUCCUUGUGGUAUAUGGAUCAAGUGCGGUCAGGCUCAGUCGUCGUCAUUCCGGGCCCUGUGAGCCUGGCGACAGUCAACGACAUUUUGAGUACCUUGGCCUAUCACAACGACGCGGAGGAGACCUUGGGCAUUCCGCGCACUGUGCGCUUUGAACUGCAAGACUCCGUCGGCGUUUACGAGGGCGAUCUCCUCGUCACCAUCCGUGUUCACAACGAUCGUCCCAUUGCUUCCAAUUUGCAAGGCCCCGUGCCGACGUUUGUCGAGGACGAAUCAUCGGUGUUGCUGUUUGGUAGCAGCUUGAGUUUGGAUGACAACGAUAAUGCCACUCUGGCCUCCGUUUCGCUCACCUUGGUUGCCCCCGUUGACGGAGUCAACGAGACUCUGUUGCUGCUCAACGAGGGCCAGCACGUCAACAUUUCUGCCCAGUGUGUGGCCGGUUCUGGCUGUCUGCUGCUGGGCCCGGCUUCUCUUCGCAACUUUGAAGCCGCUCUUCGGGACAUGGCCUAUCAGCAUCGUGAUGGUGGCGACCCCACGCCUGGCCAGCGACUCAUUAACAUUGUUCUGCAUGAUGGCCUGCGCACGUCUAUUCUCUACAACGCAUCUGUUCUAGUACAGGCUGUGAAUGAUGCCCCAGUGGUUCUUGAGCCGGAAGCCACUCUGCAAAAUGUAACAUUCAUUGAGGAAGGCCCCGCUGUGGCAGUGUUUCCGUCACCCCUUGAGUUUUAUGAUGCUGAUAACACCGUUGCUUCGCGUAUUACCUUGGUACUCAAUUCGAGUCGGGAGGAACACGUGCUAUUGGCAAACCGCUUAUCAUGGCCGUUGCUGUCUGCCCAAGCUGUGUGUGAAGAAGGCUGUGCUUAUGCUCGCACACAAGCUGAUCUUCGCUACGUUGUCAACAACACCGUGGCUUGGAGUCAGGCUGACGCAUGGCUGGCAACAGCAUAUGAUACGGCCAUCUUCGCAGAGCUGGCAGCGCUCAGUGCCAACCGCUCCGAGGAUUUGCGGCGCUUGCUCAUUCUCGCCACCGUCCGUCAGCUUGACGCCCUUGAAGACAAAAUUACCGACUACCUUCAUCAAGUUGACGAGCUGGGUGUUUACAAUCCCGACCGCAUUACCUUUAGCUUUGAAGACUCUCAAGUCAUUGAUGUGCCGGCCUUUCAAAACGACAUUGUGGAUGUCUACUUUACGUUGACAAACCCAAGCCGACAAGCACGCGACGCUGCAUGCCCGUCACAUGCCGAGGACACUCCCGAUUGUGCGACUGCAGAGCAGAAUCAUGCCAAUGCACAUGCCAACGCCGUGGCCACGCUUCUGGAGCCAGCUGACUUACUUCCCAUCAUCAAUUUGGACGUCUUUGCCACUUGCAUGACUGCGGAGCUAGCCGACCAUCUGGUCGUUUAUUGGCACACAGAGCCAUCUGGAUUGCCAUUCACAGAACAGCCGCCUCACAAUCUCAACAACUCUGACAUCGUGUCGGAGUACGUUGUGGACGAGCUGUACGCCACGUUGCGCUUGAAUGCCAACCGAGCCUUUGCUAAUCAAGCUGCUCAUGAUGUUGUGGUGAAAGCUCUUGCACAAGUGUUGCCAAGCACCUGGCUGGCCAUUUUCAAUGCCACUCAAGGCCUUUCGGACCAUGUGCAAUACAUUAUGCCAAACGCUUCCUCGCCGACCGUUGACGAUGGUUCGGGCUCCGGAGACCUGGGUGACUUUAGCUCCGGUUGGACCUCAGGGUCCGGCGAAGAGCAACUCUCCGGCUCUGGUGCUGGCGGGGGCAAUAAUAACAACGACAAGAUGCCGUUUACUCUGGUGUUGACCGAUGAGGCUCUUGGUCAGCUGACCGCGGCCGGCACAUACCUCGGCUGGCUAGGCUGGAAUGAGACUUCCAGCAGCAGCUCGCUCUACAUGGGCUUGAUCGACUCCUCACUUCAAAACCACUAUGGCUACCACAUUGUGGACUCUACUGCUGCGAUUCACUUUGUCAAUCUCAGCUCGGAUGUCCUGAAUGCCACCGAGAUGGCCCUGAUCAACGAGGGCGAGGCAUGCCCCCUCUUGUGUGAGCGGGGUUUGGCAGCAAGUGAAACGGCCACCCAGCUGCGAGCCAGCUGUGUUGACGCUUGCUUUGACUUGGGUGAUGAAAUGGAGGUGUGCCAGAUCGGCUGCACGCUAGCACGAGCUUCUCUGAAGCAGAUUAUUGUGGCCAGCAAUGCCACGCUCCUCGAGGCUGCCGUUGCAAUCGGAAAUGUGCACUUUGUGAGCUAUCGGGAUGAAGAGAUUGAGGCCCAAGUACCCAUCACAUUGCAAAUCGUCGAUCCGGAGGGCUUGGCAGGACCUCAAUACACCGUUUUCGUGGAGCUGGUGCCCGUCAAUGAUGCGCCCCGCCUGUUGGCUCUGGUCAAUGGCAGCGUUAACUACGUGGAAGAUGCCACACCCAUUCCGCUGUUUUCUUUGGCUCUCAGUGACGCUGACGACACGACCGUUUCACUCAUUCGGGUGGAGCUCCUCGAUGCCACGCCCUAUGAGUCCGUCUUUGUCCCUGAUUUGCCGACCACUGGUCCGUCUUCACCCGCUGAGCGCGCCGCAGCGAUAGGAUCUGAUUACGAGCGCGAACUCUUGGCGCAAAACCUGACGGAUGCUGCGGCAUGGGUGCGGGCUGGCGCCGUCCUCGAGCUUUACGGCCCGAUGUCUUUGACUGAUGCUGUACAGCUCAUUGAGCGCAUCUCGUACUACAACCUUCAGCAUGACACUGCCUUUGAUGCCCCACGAGUGCUCAACUUGAUGGUUCUGGACCCACACAACGCCAGCAGCAACCUGCUCACAACCAAUGUGACAGUGCUGGCGACGGACAAUGUUCCAUUGGCCCAAGUGGCUGCCUUGCCCGUGCUUGAAGAGGCUCUCGAGGACACGGCAUCUGUUUUGUUUGACCCACGGCCAUAUUUCCUGGAUGCAGAGGCCCGCCCCAAUGCAACGGACGCCUAUGAUACCCUGACCACGGAGAUUGUGGCGACCGGUGCCUGGACCAACGCAAGCUUGGACGGUGCUGUCAUUCGUUUCACACCCUUGACGGAGGACUAUGGAGAUCGUGUUGUCACAUAUCGAGUGUGCGCGUCGGGCCAAUGCUCGGUUGAGCACAACAUGACACUUCGUUUGCAGCCUGUCAAUGAUGCCCCUCGGCCGCGCUACCCAGUCCUCAAUGCAUCCGUUGUCGAGGAUACCGAGACUGUGCUCAGCUUGGACGAUUUCUAUUAUGACGUGGAAGACUACAAGCUAGAGCCUUUCCAGCCCCCCAAUGCGACAGUCGAGCCACUUACGGUGACCAUUCCUGCAGCCCAGCCCAGUACCACGGGCCUGCUGUCACUUGUGCUCGACCCUGAUGCGCGACAAGUCACAUUUACACCCGCCGAAAACUAUGUCGGACCAGCUUCGAUCGCUUUCAGCGUAUGUGAUUCAGCAGGCGCCUGCACAAACAUGACGCUUCACCUGACCAUCACACCAGUCAAUGACGCCAUUGCAGUGGCACCGGCCGUGGGGCUUGCCAUCACGGAGGACAUUAAUACCACAAUUGAGAUUAUGGCCAGUGAUGUGGAGGACGAUGCGUGCCCGUACAACGCUGCCAUCACUGCUUUCUGUACACCCAUUUUGGCCGACUUGAUAGUGCCGCCCACCCACGGUGUGGCGUCGCUGUCUUAUAAUUCAAGUCGAGGCAACCAUGUUCUCACUGUUCAUCCAGCAGCCGACUACGCUGGACCCGAUACGAUCGUGGUGCAGCUCUGCGAUAGCCAGGCUCUGUGUGUGAAUCACACCAUCGAUCUCACUGUCUUGCCGGUGAAUGAUGCGCCUCGCAUCGCUCUUCGCAAUGUCACAAUCGACGAGGACGUUCGCAGCACGCUGGCUCUUAUGCCGUACCUGUCCGAUCCUGAUGACAGCAUCUGGGGGACUGGGAUCACUGUCACUUCACUCUCCUCCAACCUCAACGUGAGCUACGAUGCAAGUACUGACGCUUUGGUGUUGGUUUCAGCUCUCAACUACUUUGGCGCUGCUGCCUUCCAGCUGCAGGUCUGCUCUACUACCCUGCCCUGUGUUCAACAGGUUGUUGGGGUCCAGAUUCGACCUGUUAACGAUGUGCCUGUGGCGUUGGCGCUGAACGUCACUGUCUUUGAGGAUGUGCCGCAAAACUUCCCUCUCUUCCCCCUCACUUCUGACGUUGAGAACCGCCGUCGCUCUGUGAGUCCAGAAGAUCUGAGCAUCGUCUCUUUCCCAACCCAUGGUCAAGUCAACUACUCUGCCGAUUUGGGAACAGCCACCUACACGCCUGAUGCCGACUACUUUGGCACGGACGAGCUGACGUAUCAAAUUUGCGAUGACGAGGGCGCAUGUUCGCGUGGGCUGAUUGGAAUCACAGUCCUUCCAGUCAAUGACCCGCCCCGUCUCUCGGCCAACUACGCUGCACUCCUGCCGUACGACGUUGAGGAAGAUAGCAUGAAUAUGGUGGCGGUGUAUGCCAUGUACAACGAUCCCGACCUGCCCGAGUCAUUUGCAGAUGCCAUGACGCGCGAUGAAGAGGUCGCGUUACGCUUGGAUAUCAUGGUGCCUCCGGCGCAUGGUGAAGUCAACCCCUUUUCUCAGUACGGCAUCAUUAGCUACGACCCAGCAAGCGAUUACGUGGGCAUGGACAGCUUUGUGUUCCGAGUGUGCGACAAAUGUAGUUCGGAGCGUGAUCUUGAGCUGGGACGCAUCGUCCCCAGCACAGAUCCAGCAUGCGUGCGUCAGCGGGAUCUCACUUUUAGCUCCGAGGGCUGCCUCAACGUCACCGUUGAGCUCCGUGUCGUCAAUAUCAAUGAUGCCCCCGUCGUGCCGCCCCUGGCUAAGAUUACGUCUGUGAAUGUGAAUGCGGUUUUUGACCCGCUUGCGCACGUAUCGGACGAGGACGAAAGCCAGUACGCUACCUUGCUUGAGCAAAACCUCACUCCAGCUGACUUUGGCCUGGUGGAGGAGACCGAUCUCGUUGUCACGUCCCUCAGCGUCAGCAUCGCUCCAAGCCAUGGUGUGGCGAGCAUUGUACUCAGCAACACAACGUACGAGCUGGUCUAUCAGCCUGAUACCGAUUUUGCCGGCGCUGACACAUUCUCGUAUAGCAUUUGCGACCAUGCUGGGGCGUGCACGCAGUCACGGGUGCGCGUGCAGGUGGCCACGCCGGCCCCCGAAAUUGCAUCGGUGACGGUGCUUCAAGCCUGCUAUGACUUGGAGGACGACACCCGGGAGGUGCAGCUCAACAGCUAUACUUGUACGGGACGCAUGGAUACGGACGCCCGCUAUGGAGCGCUCGACCGAUGGCUGGUUGCCUUUGAUCGUGACACCAAUAUGCCACCGUACGGAGUAGCAGACUUGGUCAUCUCGCAGAGCGACCUGGAGCGUCUCUUCCAGUUUUCGCCCAACUUGACGACCUCAACGGCAAGCGGCGCAUACUACGGCCUGUGGCGAAACGCCCGUGAACUGGUGAUUGUCAUGGUAGAUGUGGGCUACCCAGAGCCAACUAUGAAAACGAGUCGCACAACAUUUGCAUUGCGCGCCUCGGAAAGCGUUGACUGCAGUGGUUUUGCUCAAAGUAGUGAGGUUUAUGAGGUGGUGACGCCCAACCGCUUGUGUUUGCAGGAUGCAGCAGGGCUGAGCCGACACAGCAAUGCCAGCUUCGCUGGCUUCAGGGGUCAUUUUGGCCUUGCAUUCCCCCUGGUGAUCGGCGCGAACGUGGUGCAGCCCAUCAAUGUGCAAGGCAGCUACCUGGGCAGUGGUACUGUCAUCACCAUGUCUCUGCAGCCCCCGCUGUCGGCGAGUACGAUGGCGCGGCUUUGCAUGCUGGACAGCGCGGACAUUUUUGAUAUGAGCGUGCUGGGCUCCAACGGAGAGAGCUCGAUCGAGUGUCAGGUGGUGUUUGACGAUGGUACGGUGGAGCUGAUUGACAUGACUGAGACAGAGUACCGCUGCACAUUCGAGCCCGAGAGCAUUCCUGCGUCCAGUUGCGGUGCAUCGGCUACAAGCGGUGCGCGUCGACGUCGUGACGCAGCGGGGUCACCAAGCACAAUGCAGUUGGUGAUGGACAUUGCCCGACUCACAAACGCACUUGUGGAUCCUACGGACUCUGAAGCACUGCUGGCAGCCCUGCAGGCUGGCCUCCUCCACCAAGGUAUGGCUGCACUCGUUGCCGACGAUACGGGUGGCAACUCCACCGAACUUCUGGCCGACUUUGAGGAGCGGCUGGAGCAAUACCUAUUGGACAAUAUGGAGGCGUCGGGCGUGUAUCUCCGUGGCAGCCCAGUACAAACACCUGUCAUUAGCAGCGUCGAGCUCUCUGGUUCCGACGGCUUCCUGAUUGCAGGCAGCACUCUCUCAAUUAAAUUCGAUCGGGACACGAACACACCUGCCAGCGCCUCUGAGGAUCUGACCAUUCUGGGCAGUGAUCUGGACAGUUUGCUGACCUUCUCGCCAGCACUUUGUGCAAACACAACCGCUGCCUGUGAAGGUGAAUGGAUUUCUCGCCAGACGCUGGUCAUCACCGUCCAUGAGCCGGAUGAGUCAAGUGCAGCGCUGACCAACUACCUGGAUCAAUUGCGCAUUGCCUUCAAAUCGACUUCGUAUGAGGACCCGUGCCGCGAAGAUCCAUCGCCCUGCGGGACGGCUAGUGCCAACGGCUUUUGGGGCGUGUGCAACCGACUCGAAACUUCAUGCCGCGCCAGUGAAGAGUUUGUAGCAGCCGAGGCUGAUGCUUCUUGGAGCUCAAGUACCAUGGAGGCGGAUGGCUCGAACCUCUACUUUUUGGUUCUCCUUUUGAUUGUGCCUGUGUUGGCCAUCGUCGUGUUCUGGUUUUGCUGUCGUGGCAGUGCCAAGCAGCGGGAAGCGCGUCGGGCCAUGCGCAGCUCCAAGGGCAAGCCCAGCCCGCCGUUGGAUGCUGCGGAGGUGUGGCAAAAGCCACCUGCCAGCGCCAGCAUGCGGUCUCAGUCCGAUCCUUUCGCGGGCAGCGGUGUGCCUCGAGCCCCCGGUCUCCGCAACGGCAACGCUCCCUAUGACCCGUUCUUUAUGCAGGCGCCACAAGCUCAGACCUCGCACGACCCCUUUGCCGACGCCACGGUGGCUCCAGCCGUUGUGCCUGUGCCCGUGCCUUCACCCUUCCAUGCUGGCUCCGCGCUCCCGAUGGCCAGCCCGACGUCGCCGGGCGGUACCUUGCCCCCCUUGCGCCGCCAUGACAACAGCGCAAUGCCCAAGACAUUGCCUGCAUUGCCCGCUCGCAUGCCUUCUCUGGGUGGAAAUGCGAAGCGCCCUAGUUUUGCAUCUCCCAGCAAGGUUUCAGCUAUUCCACCCCCACCCAUGGGCAUGCGACGCCCGGUGCUACAGGACUUGACGCGGCAGACUGCUGAUCAGCCGCAAUCUUUGCCGGCACGUGGAGCGUCGAACAAGGGCGAUCCGUUUGCGCUCGCACGGCAUAACAGCAAGGAAAAGCUUGACCCAUUCGCCCGGCCUGCGGCUGGUCGUCCUGGCCUACCAAACCGUGACUCUUUGCGUCGCCUCUCUGGUCCAUCGGGCAUUGGGGCUCCUAGUCCGGGCCGCAUGCCCAUGCUGGGAGGUGCUGGCAUGACCAUGCCUUCUGGGGCAAGUGCACCCAUGUCCACCGGCAGUCCCAUGACUCGUCUAGGAUCUUUGAAGAAGCCCAGCAUGCCCCCGACUUUGGGUGGUCCCGGAGCAAGCGGGCGGCCCAUGAGUCUGCCGCGUCCUGGACAAGGAAUGACGCUGCCUAAGCCUGCCCUGCAGCGCCAGCCAUUGCCCUCCUUGUCGGAGGCGCCUGGCAAGCCCACGCCCCAGGGGAGCGAGUCGUAG